AUGUAUCAACUAAAACCAAUGAACAUACAAUUACGGAUAUUAAUAGUUCUAAUUCUCUUUUUAACAUCGCAAACUUCUUCAUACGCACUCCCUUUACAAUAUGAUACCUCUUUUCAACAAUUGUUCACAAAGUCGCGUAUGAUAUGUGUUCACACAAAUCUUACUUCUUCCUACAUGCCCAUAAGCGGUCGCUUCUAUAACCUACCUGAAGAUGAUAAUCCAAAGAACUAUCAUUUGUACCUCCUACACCCUGAUAAUAGUAUGCGACGAGAUCUGAGUUGGAUAUUCUCUAGAGGUUUGAGGAUAGGGAAGGACGCGAAUGGAGUAGCAAGGGAUGCGACGUUGGAGCUAGUAUUUCGGAGUGUUGAAUUCCCCUUGCAGGGGGUGAACAGUUACGUAGGUGGAUGGAUAAAGGUAUAUCACAUCAGAGAUUCGAUAGUGACAGCGGCAGGCCCGGCGCAAAUAAAUCUUAGGGAUGAAAUAGUUGUUUGA